GGUAUAAAUAGUAAAGGUUAAUGUUUACUGGUUGUUACUCCGUCUCUACCGGUCUAGUAGUAACCAUGUUUCAUCUAAAGUCUCUUGUAUUUGUGUGCUGUGUUGGGUCUCUCACAAGCCAAACAUUCUUUCGAACCAGUCUCGGCGGCGGUGGAUCAUAUUCAAGUGUUUCUCAUGGAGCACAUUCAGGACCUGCAGGACAUGCAGGACAACCCACUCAACAGGUUUAUAAAGUUCAACCAGUUAAACCAGCCUACCAGCAACCCAUUUAUCAACAACCCACCUACCAGCAACCAGCCUACCAGAAGCCAGUUUAUCAACAGCCAUCCUAUCAACAACCAUCCUACAAGCAGCCCUCUUACCAACAACCAAUUGAAAAAUCACCUGAAGUACCCACCUAUGGGGAAAAAUGUACACUGAGCUACGAAGAAAAAUAUGUUCAGGUGUGUGUGCCUGAACUAGAGACUGCUUGUAAGCCUGAGAAGCUGAAGAAUGGAAAUUUACUAGGUGACAAGAACUGUGUGUGUAGAGGAUGA